CCGCCCUGUGUGCUGCCGCCGGCGUGAUGGCCGGGCUCGUUGGCAUUUUCGCCCUGCUUGUCCUUGUAGAAGGUAUUGUGGGCGUGGCCGUUGCCAUCGCGGUCCUUGUCCUUGUUCCUGUGCUUGUCGCCGUAGUAAUCCACAGAAAUACGGCCAGGAGAGCUAGUGUAUUCGCCGUCGAUGCCGCUCUUUUCAAGUCUAUUGGCAAUGCGGUGGUCUUGCACGUCUAUAGGGCGUUCCUGCGGGGGUGACGGGAGAGGAGCGGCAGAAGGGGUUGCGUCCCUCCCGGCGAGAGAAUUCGGGGUGUCUCCCGCCUCCGCCUCCGCCUCCGCCUUGAGGCGAGCCUGUCGCGCGCGCUCGACGAUCGUCUGGAAGAAGUCCCAGGCCGUAGCGAGUGCGUUUUGCAGAUGUUCAGGAGAGCCCAGAAGCUGGGCCAGGGCGCGCGCAUUGACCAAGUGCUUCGAGAUGAUAGGGUCAGGCUGGCAGAGGGUGUGCAAGCGCAUCUCGCCCGCGUCCGCCUUGAUGCUGUAUAGCAGGCCACGGAUGCGCUCAUGGUUCGCACGCAGCGGGCCCAUGAACUUAAAAAGCCCGACGUGCUCUAAGAUUAGCACCACCUGGGUCUCGAGGUCGUAUCGGAACCCUAUCACAUUCGGGCGGCCCUUCUGCAGCCAUGUGUCUGAGAUCUUGGCGUGUAUAUGGGGGUUCAAACGUCCCGUCUGCAGCUGUGUGUUGACGUACACGCAGAUCAUGUCGCUCAGGUUAUACUCAAGCUCGCAGUAGAGGUGACUCUGUUCGCGCGGGUCGAGCGAGAUGCUCAGCUCUUGUGCGGUGGGUGUUCGGGGCUGCGUGGCCUUGAACUCGGCCCUCUCCGCCUGAGAUAGAAGGAAUUAGCUAUCACAGCCACUAAGAACAAGAGAAACGAGAGCAGAACGAUGGAUGCUUACCAGUUUUCGAGCUUUCUUUUUGAAGUUGCUGAAGAAGCUCACACCCUUAUGCUGCUGCUGCGGAGGCGGAGGCGGCGGAGGCGGAGGCGGCGGCGGCUGCACUGUGGUGUCCUCGAGCC